CUAAACACACAUCUUUAUAAAAUUGCCUGCAACAUCCUGUCGCGAGAAGCACGUAGUCAGUUGUAACUCUCAAACUCUGGAAAAACUUUUUAGUUUUGUUGGACUUUCUUGUUUUCAUUUUGUGGACAAUUAACCGGUGUCCUCAUUGAGAAUGGAUGAUAUCCAAGUAGUUGAGUCGAAGCCUCUCAUCGCAGACAGGGAUUUGCAAGGGCUAAGAGAGGCUGUCCAGCAGUUGGUUAUUAAGGAACAUGAUGUGGAGACUCCAUAUGGUAGAGUCCACUGUACCAUGAAAGGGGUUCCUAAGGGUGACCGGCCGGUCAUCCUCACUUACCAUGAUAUUGGACUGAACCAUAAAAGCUGCUUUGACACCUUGUUCAGCCAUGAGGAUAUGCAAGAGAUCAUGCAGCACUUUGCUGUGUGUCAUGUAGAUGCACCAGGGCAGCAAGAGGGAGCAAACACCUUCUCCACUGGAUAUGAGUACCCUUCCAUGGACCAACUGUCUGAGACACUUCCAUCAAUCCUUAAACAUUUUGGGCUGAAGAGUGUGAUCGGCAUGGCUGUUGGAGCGGGUGCUUAUAUCCUUUCCAAGUUUGCAUUGGAUUACCCUACUAUGGUGGAAGGCCUUGUGCUAAUAAACAUCAACCCAUGCGCUGAGGGCUGGAUGGACUGGGCAGCACACAAAAUUUCUGGUUGGACUCAUGCCAUGCCUGACAUGAUCAUCUCUCACCUGUUUGGAAAGGAGGAAAUCCAGCAGAACCAUGACCUCAUUGGCAGAUACCGUCACCACAUUGUGAAUGACAUGAACCAGUUCAAUCUGCAGCUCUUUGUCAAGUCCUACAACAGCCGAAGAGACCUGGAAAUUGAGAGGCCUGUACCUGGUGGCCACAUCAAUGUCAGAACUCUAAAGUGUCCUGCACUCCUGGUAGUUGGAGACAGUUCCCCUGCAGUGGAUGUAGUGGUUGAGUGCAACACAAAGCUGGACCCAACCAAAACCACACUGCUUAAGAUGGCUGACUGUGGAGGCUUGCCCCAGGUCGACCAGCCUGGGAAGCUAACGGAGGCUUUCAAGUACUUCAUUCAAGGAAUGGGUUACAUGCCCUCUGCCAGCAUGACCCGCCUGGUCCGUUCCCGCACAGCAUCCGGAUCCAGCGUGACUUCCUUUGACGGCAACCGCAGCAGGUCGCACACUAACGAGGGCAACCGCAGUCGCUCCCACACCAACGAGGGCCGUGCCCGAGCCCACACCUCCGACAACCAACGCACACGUUCGCACACUGACAACAUGGACAGUUCUGUGGACCAGGCUCCCAAGUCCACCGAAGUGUCCUGUUAGACUGGUGACCUUGUCUCCGGUCCAUCUCACACAUGCAUUAACCUCUCCGUUCUGACUGUGCUGCGCUGCCACUAACUACACACGCAACAGGACCGCCACAUACCGCCGCGCUGUUUCGCUCAGGGGUCUUGCACUGUUUUAUUUGUCAGAGAGCAUUUAUGCCACAGUGUCUUGCGUUUAAGACUAUAUUUCCUGGGGAAACGCUAAUGAAGGAGUGGAUAGAGUGAAAGAAGGACAGGAUGAUGGAGAUAUUUCUUCUUUUUUGCACCCUGCGCAAUAGCUGUCUUGUUGUUGUUAGAGGCAAUGCAGCACAGAGACAUUUUGAUGGUCCUCAUCCAAGUAAGCUGGGCACUGAGAAUGGCACAUUUGUAAAUUUAUAUUGAUCUCUAGUCUGCGAUUCAUUUUAUGUCAAGUUAUUAGACCACUUUUACACGCUAGUUUAAGUGCAUAAUUAAUUUGUAUAAUCUGUAUAUGUUGAAAUGGUCUUCACUGAAUGGAAAAGGGAUUGGUUGACCACAGAGAAGAGACGGUGGUAUUUUUUUUUCCAUUAUGCUAACCUACCUUAUAAAACUAAGGUUUAAGCUUAUGUGUUGAUUUGCAUUUUCCUUGUUGGGAGUGUCCCAUUAUUUUGGGUUAUAUGUGUAACUCAGUGAUUUUAAAUGAUUUUUAUAGAAUCAAAUGUUUUUAAACAAUCUUAACAUUUAGUUUAAAUUCAACAAAACCAAUUUGUAGAUAUAAGAAUACAGGAAAAUGACUGUAUAUUAGUGAGAUUUUUUUGGUGUUUUGUGUUUGUAAUGAUAAUGAUGAUGAUGAUGAUGAUGAUUUCUAUGCAAUCAAGCACAACAGAACAAAAUGUGCCAUGGAAUCCUCUAAUGGGACUGGAUGCUUCUUUCUCAAGGCUUAGAGAAAGAGUAAAAUGAAGGAUUGCUCAGAAAGAGAUAAUAUAAGCAACUCACCAGCUCUUCCACACACACUAAAACAAAUGCUUGCAGCUUGGAAAGGCACUCUGCUUUGUAAAGAUGUAAAACAAUCUGAUGCACUGCAUUUUUAAUGGAAUAACAGUUUGUAUUUAUUUAAAAAAGGAAAAUAAAAAGCUGGUUACUCAA